GCUUGAGCAGGGCAGGCAGCUCUGGGCCCCAAACCGGUUUUCCCACCUAGGCUGGGGCUGGCACAUCGUCCUGAGGUUCCCUCCCCCCACCUCCCUGCAGUUCCCCCUCUCUCAUCCCUGGAACGUUAAGGGGGUGAUAUCCAGGUCAUCUUUUGUCCCUGCCUGCCUUGGGUGUGGUCCCAUCUAGAAAGGCAAGGCUACUAUGUAUUACUUUUAAACAAGAAUGUGGGGUGACUCUUCCACACUUGGCCUUCCACACUCCUGGCACUCAGGGAUCCCCUCCACGCCAUGAAGGCUUUGAAACUAAGUGACAGCAAAAAGUAGUUGGGAUUCCCCACCUGCCCCCACCCCAUCUGAGCCCUGGAGGAGGAAACCAGAAAGCCAUAAGGAAGCCUAGCCUUCCCCCUUGGCCUGCUCUGGAGUAAAUGGGAGCAGUAGCCUUCUCCCCUGGUGUCCUUCACCCAAGUCCCUCACCUCAAAUACCAACAAGGCGAAUCACUUCCAUGUGUCUCCUGCUGACAAGAACACCUCUUUUACUGGAACUGAGAUCAUCUCAUGAAUGAUAACACCAGCUGAUGUUAAUAGGGCUCUUGCUGGGUGCUAGGCUCUGUGCCAAGCACUUUGGAUGCUCAUGAAACCCCUAUGAGGUGGGUAAAACCAUGAGAAAACAGGCACAGAUAGGUCCAGUAGUGUUCUCAAAGCCAUACCACUAGUCUGUGGCAGAAGCAAGCUUUCUCCCCAGGCUGACCCUAGAAGUGUCCCUUCACUGCUACUCUGUACCCCUUGAUUAAGUAACGACCCAUAUUCCUAACCCUCCUAAACAGAGGGCUCUUUUAAAAAGGAACUGGUUACUGAAAUCAAUUUCUAACCCAUGGAAGAAAAGCUCUCGGAGGGAGAUGAGGGAUGUGGAAGUGUCUACAGGAGCUCUUGCAGCUCCUGUACCUAUAACCAACUACCAUUCUCCCAGUUGCCAUACAAAUAUAGGUCUUCUGUAAAUGCCCUUCUCAAUCUCCUUCCUUUUACCCCAUUGGGACAAAGAGGUGAGAACCCUCCCCAUUUCACAAAGGAGGAUACAGGGUUGAGUUAAAUGACCUGCUCAAGGCACUGGCCUUGAGCUCUGGUGUUCUCCUGGGAGUUGAGGUUACGUAUCAAAUGCCUCACCAGGACACUGCUGGGGAAUCGGGGAGUGGUGAUGGACCUAUGAGCACAGUUUUGAGGAGGGACCCAGCAAGGAGGCACUGUCACACACCUAUCACACAGUCCGGAUGGGGAGCAGCAGAUGAUUAACAAUGGAUCCUCAAAUAAAGCUGGCAAACAUUGGGAUGCUCCCUGCAUUGGGGACUGAUCGCUAAAGGACCCAGAAGGGGGAUCCCAGCCCUGGGGAUACUGGUGCAGUUCUGCGGGCCUGGUUGGCUUCGGCAGGUCCCAAAGUGGACCAGUGGCUGGUCAGCAGGUGGCGUGGGCGCAGAGGUGAUUUCUUCUUGGGAGGCAGGGAAGACAAGGCCACCUAAUCGCCUUUUCAAAGCUGGGGCCUCCAGAGGAGGUUGCGGGAGAAAAACUACAACUCCCAGAAGCCCCUGCUCCCUGGCGAGUCACGGGUGGUUGCCGUGGUUUCAGAAAACAAUAUGGCUGCUCCCAGCUGGGAGGCAAGUCUCGGGAUUAGAGAGGCAGAGUCAGGUUUGGGCGGCGGCAGUGGCGAGAGAGGAGGCAUUUGAGGGGUCGUGAGGUUGGGCCUGGACGCUGCACAGCUGGAAGGGCCUGGCCUUGCCAAGGGCGGCAAUGGCGGGCAGCGUGGACGAAGAGGCACUGCACCAGCUGUACCUAUGGGUAGACAACAUCCCUCUAUCCCGGCCCAAGCGAAAUCUCUCCCGAGACUUCAGUGAUGGAGUCCUGGUCGCAGAGGUCAUCAAGUUUUACUUUCCCAAGAUGGUGGAGAUGCACAAUUAUGUCCCUGCCAACUCUCUUCAGCAGAAGCUCAGCAACUGGGGUCACCUGAACAGGAAGGUGCUGAACAAGCUGAACUUCUCGGUACCAGAGGACGUGAUGCGCAAGAUCGCGCAGUGCGCCCCAGGCGUGGUGGAGCUGGUGCUCAUUCCCCUGAGGCAGCGCCUAGAGGAGCGACAGAGGCGCAGGAAGCAGGGCGCUGGCUCCUUACAGGAGCUGGCUCCCCAGGAUGGCACUGACUACAUGGAUGUGGGUUUGUCCCAGAAGGCCCCGGGGGAAGGUGCCCCAGACCCCCAGGGAGGGGGGCAGCUCAGGGCAGGCCGGCUGCCAGCGCCGCGGCCUCCAGGGUAUAGCCAGGCGCUGCAGGGCGACCCAAGCUUCGUCCUCCAGAUCGCUGAAAAGGAGCAAGAGCUGUUGGCCUCGCAGGAGACUGUGCAGGUCCUGCAGAUGAAGGUGAGGCGUUUGGAGCACCUGCUCCAGCUCAAGAACGUGCGCAUCGACGACCUCUCCCGGCGGCUCCAGCAGGUGGAGCGUAAGCAGCGGAGAAUGGACCGCUUUCCAGAACCCAGAAGCCACAUGCAGAGACCUGGCGUGUCCCCCAAAGCAGUGCCUGACAACGAGGGCUCCGCUUUGGCGCUCCCUGCGCUGGGCCUUGUGGGGCGGCCCCCUGGCUCAGUCCACACCCCUAGAAGCGGGUCCCCGUCCAGCUCUGAGGACAGCAGCAUCUCCAUCCAGGCUCAUUCUUCACACCCUGGGCCAUGGGGGAAGCUGCCCCAGGCAGCUGAGGGACUCCCUUGCCCCUCCUGGGCACUCGCCUGGGACCCAGCUCAAGGCUGGAGAGUGCAGCAACUGGAGAGGAAGGGGUGAGGAAUGGGCUCAGCCAGGAGGGGGGAAGACAUAGCUAUGCCUAUACCAAUGGCCCUCCCCUUCCACUGCUACUGUUGAGAAUGUUUGGGGGAUAUGGGACAGGGCUGCCCCCAUUAAAGGUGUUGUGCUCUUUCCUGCACCUGCCUUCUCUCUCUGCCUGGAUCCCUGAGAGUAGCAAGCUCUUGCCCGCCUUGUGCUGCCUCCCACUCCUUGAGUGAAAGAACCUUGUAGGCCCAGAGUGGGUCUCACCUUGCGCGCAGGUGGGCCCCGCGUGGCCACUGCUUGGUAGGUUGAUGAUAUCACAGGUGUCAGGUCUUGUGUACUAGGACAGCCUGACUUCUAACUCUGGCCUUACUGACUCCCAAACCCACCCUCACAGUGUCCUCCAACCCUGUCCAAACCCAACCCCAAACCCAGGCUUCAGAUUCUCCCCAGAUGUAGCCACACACUCACCCUCAACCCUUCCCAAGGACUGACCCCUAAAUCUGUCCUCUGUAUGACUCUCAUAGACUGAUCCAACCCUGCCCACAGACUGAUUCCAAGUUCUGUGGACUGAACCCAAGCUUGACUCCCAACCUUGACCAAGACACCAUGGCCAUGGUGUGACCCUAACUCUGACCAUUUACUGACUACCAGUAACAUUGAACAUUUGUAAAUCCUGAGACCAGGGAAUUCUACUCCUAGGCAUAAACUCAGCAUAUACCCCAGGGAAACUCAAUCUCUUGUGUUCUGUGUUCUGGGACACAUGUACAGCAAUGUUCAUAGCAACACUCUUUGUAAUAGCAAAAGAACUGAAAAGAACUUGUAUUAUCUAUUACCAUGUAACAAAUUACUACAAAUGUAGUGGCUUAGAACAGCAUACAUUUAUUAUCUCAUA